CAAUUUCUCACUCCCUUUUCCGCCUCCCUACUUAAAUCUCUUCGCCGCCGCCGGCAAUGCUCUCUCAGAUUCCCAAACCCCUCUCCUUCUCCCCCACCAACCCUUCCAUUCCCAACUCUCCAUCUCUCCGCUUCUCAACUCCCAAUCCCUCACUCUCCUUCACUCACCUCCCCCUCCGCCGCCGUCGAUCCCCACUCCUCGCCAUGGCCUCCGCCGACGAUACCGAGCUCGAUCGCUUCGCCGCCGUUGCUAACCAGGUUGCCGACGCCUCCGGCGAAGUCAUCCGGAAAUAUUUUCGGCAGAAAUUCGAUAUUCUCGACAAAGCAGACUCCAGCCCUGUGACAAUUGCUGAUCAAACAGCAGAGGAACAUAUGAUCUCAGUUAUUUCAGAGAAUUUUCCGUCUCAUGCUGUCUACGGAGAGGAGAAUGGGUGGAUGUGCAAAGAGACAUCUGCAGAUUAUGUUUGGGUAUUAGACCCAAUAGAUGGGACAAAAAGUUUUAUCACCGGAAAACCGGUGUUUGGUACUCUUAUUUCUUUGCUACUGCGUGGGAAACCAAUCCUUGGUAUAAUCGAUCAGCCAGUUUUAAGGGAAAGAUGGCUCGGGGUAAGUGGAAGGAAAACUACGAUGAAUGGACACGUAGUAUCCACACGCACUUGCGCAAAUCUAGCACAAUCUUAUCUGUACACUACAAGUCCGCAUCUAUUCAGUGCAGAAGAAGAAGAGGCAUUUAUUCGCGUCAGAAAUAAGGUUAAAGUGCCAUUGUAUGGAUGUGACUGCUAUGCUUAUGCCCUUCUGGCUUCUGGUUAUGUGGAUCUUGUUGUCGAGUCUGGUCUCAAGCCGUACGAUUUUCUUUCUCUUAUACCUGUGAUAGAAGGUGCUGGGGGUGCCAUAACUGAUUGGAAAGGACAUCAGCUAUUUUGGGAGGCUUCUGCAAAUUCACAUGCACCAAGUUUUAAUGUACUAGCUGCUGGAGAUGAAACGAUUCACCAACAAGCCCUAGGUUUAUUACAAUGGCAAUGAUUAUAUACGUUGGUACAAUGCUUCAAUUUCUCUAGGUGGAUUGAUCAAUGAGUAAGAAAUUACAUGCAAAAGGUAAUUGUAUGAUAUCAAUGCCGCGUAAUUGUAGCACAAUUUUUCAGAUUUGAGCUUGAAUUUUAAAUGGAGAUUCUCCCUCAGUUGAAACCUGGGUUUGGACAGUUAGGUGACAUUUUUUGACUGCCUUGCCUUCAGUUGUAAAAUGAAAGAACCGAAGGUGAUUCAACUCGGAUGGUUUCGUGGGUGAAAGGAAAUGAAAAAAGAGUGGCGUUUGAUAGCUUUCCAUUGAUGCAAUAAUCAUUGUUUGUACGUUAUUUAAAUGAUGUUUGUU